AUGGCCUUCCUUCGAUCCAUCUCGAACGCGUCUCUGUCUUCAUCUUCUGAGCUCUCAUAUUCUGAGUUCUCGUCAGUUGAAUCCGAAUCUGAGGACCCUCUUGCGCAACUGGCGAAGGAAGUGAAGCAGCAGCCAUACACUACCAACGAGAGCUUACAAAAGUCCUUGGAACGCCGUCAACGAGCGCUUCAGCAAGACCAAACUCGGGAUCAGCACCUCGUCUUCACUCGAUUCUUUUUCAAUGCAGAAACCAGAAUCUUGAUCGCGAAAGUCAUGCCGAAUCCUGCACACGAACUUGCAAUAAUAUCAUUUGAUUCGCUGAUUUCUCUCGAGCUGCGUGCGAUGAACGUACAUCGUGACGUGAGGCCUUUCGGUUCGACAACAACUACGGUUGGAAAUUGGAAAAAGGAGGCUGACUGCUGCUGGGCUCCGGCUUCGACAAAUGCAAGGCUGAGUUUUGUGGUGGAAGUAGGAUUGUUAGAGUCUGAGCGACAACUUGCUCUUGAUGCGCGCAGUUGGCUUGAGACUUAUUCCUCAUCUGUGAAACUUGUGGUUACGAUUAGCAUUAAACGCGAAAAUCCCGAUAUCACCUUUCACCGAUGGGAACUUGUUCCCCAAGCAUAUGGCGUCGCUACAAGGUCAUCUCCUCUUUCAGCACGUCAUACUGCAAUCCUCAAAUUAUCUCGAACGAAUAACACGACAUCUGUUACUGGAGAGUCCUACAUAAAUAGCACAACCACGACUACCACACAGCUGGAUCUAUCCUUUGAUAAGGUUGUUGGCCGUCCUCCUCACCGGCCUCUGGAGAGAGAUUUAGUGAUACCCGAGCAAGAACUGAGAAGUUUUGCCGAGGAUAUCUGGAGUGAGCAGAGUCUCCUAUAAGUCGUCUCGAUUCUGAUAUGUUCGUUGGCCACAAAGCGGCAGACCUCAUCGAAGACGAUGUUAUACUCACGCAGGACGUGUUGAUUCGAAAUAUUUG